CAGUUACAGUACUGCGCAAGGUUAUCAAGAAGAAGAAGAAAAACACUAUACGUAAGAACAAAAAAGAGUGCAGCAUCCUGUUCAUUUAAGGGACAAACAGACGCUGAGUGAAAUCCACAAGCCAAACUGCAGCACAACUGCACUCUUGGCUCCUGUGGUUUCUUUCCAGCCUCUGGUCCUCAGAAGCACCCCUCAUGCGAUAGUGGAGACAGACCGUAUUCAUCAGGUUAGUAACCACUGGCUAUUUCUUUCUUUUUUUCUCUAUUGCUGCUCUUCACCCUAGGGUCCCAGGGAGGGGUAUGGCAUUAAAAGCAGUAUUAAAAAAUAACUCAAAACAAGUUAUCCGCCAUAAAUUUAUCUAAUCCUCUUUUAAUGCCUCCCCCCUGUAUUGUUAGCGUUGAGUCUGCCAUUAAAACUGAAAGAUAAUAUUUAUGUGGGGUAUGUAUUGUAUUUGUUUGUUUUUGUAAGUAACUUCAAGACAUUGCGGGAAGUAAACAACGGAACAAGUGAAUUAAUUUAUUAAGGUGUCUGCAAACACAUGCUGCAACUGGCUUGUCUGUGAAAUGCCAUGGGUUGAACCCAAUUAAGUUCAACUCAGAACAGACCUAAUUGAAAUUAAUGGACUGAAUAGUCAUGCCUAUCAAUUUCCAUGGGCCUACUCUGAUUAGAACUAGCAGUGUCUGGAUGUGGAUUAAGGGCCUUCCUUUUCUCCUGGGUGAGAGUGACCAUGCUUUUCUACUUCUACAGAAGGCUCACUGUAUUUGCAUUUAGUGUAUAAAUGUAGGUGACUAAGCACUGGCCUUUUCCUUUUGUUUGGUGUUGACUCAUGUGUUAACAUGCACUGCCUGGUACUGAAGCUAAUUUUCCAGCCUAUCUUGAGAUAGUGUUUCCAUGCCACCAGCUGCAUAUUCUCAAAUGUGUAUUGCAGGCACCAGCUAAUGUUCCUUGUUAAUGCCUUGCACUAGCAGCUGGAGAAAGCCUUGGCUGGUAGAGAGUCAGUUUCAGAAAAUAAUGAUUUGGGUCUGUUGAUGACGCAGCAUUAUUUCAAGAGAGACCUAGGGUUUGGAAGGGGGGCAACAUAUUCUAUUCAUUAGGCAGACCUCAUAACUUCUGUCUGGCUGAGGGUUCUGAGGCAAAUAUCAGCUCCUUUCCAACCUUAAUUCCUUCCUUCCCGCCAACUCUAUGAAGACCAGAAAACCAGGGUAGAGAUUUUACUGCAUAAUCCUAACCAAACCUACUCAGAGCUAGCUUCUAUUGAAUAGAGAGGUGUUGAAUUCUGUGGAAGUCUUAUUGAAAGUGGAGUUUAGACUGCAGCCUUAAUGUUUGAAUUCACUAAGCUAAAAGCAAAAAUAUUACAUAGAAACAAAUGUAUCAUAUUUUCAUGUUUUACAGUAAAUUUAUGUAUUCUCCUUUAUAAGCAUGAAUGGAGACACUUCAUUCUUAGAUUAUUGGCAAAGAAGAUAAUGAGCAAUGAUUUAACUUGGGCUGCAGCCUGCAAACUUAACAGAUAGUAAGCUCCACUGAACUUAGUGGGACUUACAUAGUUAUGUACAGGAGUGUGCAAUUGGCACAAUAUAUUUUGGCACCUGAGACGAACCACAAAAUAGCAUGCCCUCCAAGUGUCCCAAUUUUCCAGGGACAGGAAUUACAGAAACCAUCUUGGUUUCUGAUUUGACCCUAGAAUGUCCCUGUUUUUCUUUUUCUUUCCCUCCAUGUUUCAGAAAACAAUUUAAAGUGGCAUGGGGGAGGGGGCGUAUGUGUGUAGAUACUGAAAAUAAAAUGCCUGCACUAAAUAAAGGAAAUCGUGACGCUGACAUUUACUGAGAAGUAAGUCGCACUGAGUUCAAUAGGAUUUAUUCUCUGGUAUGUUCCUGAUCAUUCUCAAUUUCCGUUGUUGUUGGUGUUGUUCCUACUAGUAGUAUAUCCCACUUUUUCCCUGGCAGGGAUUCAAGGCAGCUUAUAGCUAAAAUUUUAAUUUAUUCUGUUUGUCUGUGGAAGGUGUUGUACAUGAUCCAUUACCUCACACAUUUUUUCCUCUACAACAAUCCUGUGAGGUAGGUCAGGCGGAGAGCUUUUAAUUGGCUCAAGGUGACAGAAGUAUAUCAGAAGCUUCCUGACGUAGAAUAGGGUGUUCCUAUUUUAAUUGGAGAAAUGUUGGAGGGUGUGAAAUGGCAUCUCCCCACUAGAGAGGAAGGGACGAGUGAAGCUCUACAUCAGGGAGAAGGGGAAGAAUGAAAUCCACCUUACCUGGCUAUUUAUUUCUCCCUCAGACUUCUCCAUCUGACAUUCCUCUCCCCCCCCCCAUGCCCCCAUCCAUUUGGGUCCUCAAACAUUCUAACUCCAGGGCCCACUUGAAAGGGCUGAAAAUUAUUAGACCACAAAACAGCAGUGCAGGGGCAUAGCCAGUUACAAAAUGUUGGAAGAUGUUUGGUAUAACCAGAUCUCAAUUACUAGACUGGAUAGGUCCCCUCCCCCAUUUGUUUGUUUUUCAAAGAAUAGGUAGUGGCGAGACACAAAGCUCUGCUCAGACAUAACUGUAAAUCAUGGUUUUAGUACUGCAUCAGCCGCAGAGAACAUCAGAACUGAUGGCUAAAUGUUGUCCUCUAGGCCUCUAUUUCUGAUCCUUGGGUAUCUCUGCAGACUUUGUCCGCUCCCCACUCACACCAUCUUUCCCCAGAGCAUAACCCUCACUCGCUUUGUUUCCCACAGUGCUUGAGAAUGUCUGUUCCUGGCUGGAAUAUGUCCUUGAAAUCUGAUCUCUUGCUUGCCUGAUAGGGGAAUAGGAGGCCAGCGUGAAAACUAGCCUACUAUUCAAUGGUAAAAUUUGUAUGAAUUGUUCUGCCAGUCUUUACCUCUGGCUCCCAGAAAGUUGCCCAGAAGGGGAUUUGGUUUCCUGGCUGAAAAAGGUUCUGCAUCUACACAACCCUUGGAUUGUUGGUAUUAAACAGUAAUCCCUGGUUCAGGUGAAACGUCAAACUGCUGUUAACUCAAAUGAAAGGCAAAAGCUCCACCUUCUGGCCAUACAUGAGGAUGGGAGGAUGCAAAUUUGAGAGGAUGGUAGGCUCAUUCACAUACUGCUAGCCCAUGGUUUGGGGUUACAUCAGCCAGCAGCUAUAACGAUCUGGGGUUCAGGGCUCUAGAAAGGGGUGGUUGUUACCAUCUGGAGUAAAUAAACAAGGUACCCUUGUUUUGAUAGUAUAUGAACAUAGUAGAAUUAUCAGCCAUGUUGGCCAUCUGUAAUGAAUAGCUUUCACCAAAAACCACCUUAAUUAUGUUUUCUUUGUAAAAAAGAAAACCCCAGCCAAAAUACAUAGUAUCUAAAGACUGGGAAAUGAAACUCUGGGGUGGGGGGCAGAAUGUAUUUCCCCUGGGCCAGACUUACUGGUUUUGCACUGUCUGUUUGUGUCUUUUCAAUUAUGCUCCCCCAAAUUAUUUUAAUACAUUAUGGAUGUUUUCCAGUGAAUUUGAGACCUCUGGGGUCCAAAUUAGGCAAAAGGUAUAGCUCCAAACUGUAUAUUAUGUGGGUUUGUUUUGUUUUUGUUUUUUGCUAUUUUAUACAUAACUAAGGUUGGGUGUUUUUAUUUCCCAAUGAGAGCCUAGCUCAUUUAUUCACUCCAGAUGGUAAUGACCACCCUUUUUUAGCCCAUAGACUGUUUCUUCUGUUGGAAUCUGUGUAAUCAGUUAGAAGCUUGCAUCUCAAUGCAACUAAAAUUCUGUACAGUAGCCACAGAAAUGGUUUCUCAUCAUGAAUAAUGAUGGUAAAAUCUCGCCCUGUGUGCACUACAGAAUUGUUGGGUUUAUUAUUAACACAUAUCCCAACAGCACACACCCAAUGAAAUGAUUUCAGCUAAACAAAUCAUACAGCUAGCUACCCUGAGAACAGUCUUAUGAAUCUGAUAAAGUUGAAAAACAAAAAAGUUUUAUUGACUUACCAAUACCUCUACCUGAUAAAAUGAAACUUAGAGCAUGUUUUUUUAAGUCCUCAGUUGGGAUUUGCUGUUUCAUGCAACAGCAUCUGCAUCGCUUUCUCUCUGGGCCUGUGAAGACACCAGCAACCAUGUUGAAGAUACUUGUAAUUCUAGCAGCAAUCGCAGGUAAGACUCAUGCAAUAUAGCAGUUGAAAUUAAACAAGAAUGAAAGGGCUUAUCUUUUUUGGACUGUGGUCAACACAGGCAAUAUAUAUUUUGGGAUAGAGCUAAAGCAAAAAUAAUUUUUCCACAGCUUAAAGACUUCUUAUACAUUGAUAACUGUGUGAUUUUUUUCUAAACUGUUGAAAAGUAUCUCUAAAACUCGGAGAUUACUAAUUCAGAGGGUGUUGGAGUACGUGGGAGUAAGAUCCAUUUAAUGCAGUGGGAUUUGUGAGUAGGGACGGAGAGAUCUGUAGUUUCAGUUCUCAGUUUCUAAUUUUUCUAAUCUUAAAUGCAGUUUUCCACAUAUUACAGCAAUUUGACCAUUACGUCAAAUUUGACCACUAAGUCACAUUUUACAGCAAUUUGAUAUUUUUUAAGGUGCUUGUGAAAAUUCACCAGGACUUUAGUGUGAAUUUCUUCAUACAGUAUAUAGAUAUUUUUAAAUGCAGUUUUGAUUAAUGUACACAAUUUCCACCAAACAUUCAUUUAUGUAUAUUAUUUCCACCAAUUUCUUCAUUUUUGCGCACAAUUUCCUCUAAUAUAUGCAGUUUUUGUAAGCAUGUUUGGUUGGGGGAACUGCACUGCAAAAUUCAGGUGUUAAUUUUGAAGGAUCACUGUGUUUCAGUUUGCAUUUGAAACUGUGUAUUUGAUAAUCCUGGCCUGCUGAACUGAAUUCCUCCUCCAUCCCUAUUUCUGAGUUAAUACACAUGGAAGACUGAACUACCUAAUUACUAACCUAUAAUCUGGAUCCAGAGAACCUGUACUGUAUGUCUCAUAGAAAACUGAGUUUCAAAAGUAGUUCGUGAAACGACACCAGUCAAUUGUUAUAAGGUGAAACAUUUAUAUUAGGCUGGCACAAGCUUUCGUGAAUGCCCAUGCCUUUUUAGACUUAAAUAUAAUGCGGGUGGCGCUGUGGGUUAAACCACAGAGCCUAAGUCUUGCCGAUCAGAAGGUCGCGGUUCGAAUCCCUGCGACGGGGUGAGCUCCCGUUGCUCGGUCCCUUCUCCUGCCAACCUAGCAGUUCGAAAGCGCAUCAAAGUGCAAGUAGAUCAAUAGGUACCGCUCUGGCGGGAAGGUAAACGGCGUUUCCGUGUGCUGCUCUGGUUUGCCAGAAGCGGCUUAGUCAUGCUGGCCACAUGACCCAGAAGCUGUACGCCGGCUCCCUGGCCAAUAAAGCGAGAUGAGCGCCGCAACCCCAGAGUCGGUCACGACUGGACCUAGUAGUCAGGGGUCCCUUUAUCUUUAUACUGUGGGUUAUAUCCAACUAAGGCCUCAUCUACACUGCUGCUUUUCUCUGGGAACAUCUGCAGUAUUGUGCUAAAUGGCAAUAGGGUUUUCUGCAGAAUGCCGAUUUCGCACAAAAGUGUGGGUUUCCUGGGGCAAAGUGGCAUGGCAAAGGCAAAACCACUCAGAUCUGUGCCCGUGGAAAGUGACUAUAAUAAAUAAACAAUAUAAAAUGCUUAGCCAAAAUCAAGUCCCUUUCAUUUGUGAACAAUAAGUAUCCUCUGGAGGGAUUUUAUUCUAUCUUCUAUUUAUAUAUGCCAGUGUUCUUUAGGUUCAGAUUGGGUGGAAAUCAGUUUCAAAUUCCAUAUGGCCUUCUUGCACUUAGUCUGCCAAAAUGGCACCACCUCAAAACAUAAUAAAAAUGCACAGUAUAAUACAAAGGAGAAAAACGCCCAAUGUAAAUCUUCUAGAAGAGUAGCUGUAUUGCAGCAAAAAGAACAAAGUUCUUAUAAAAAGACUAACAAACUUAUUCUUGUAAUGCCAUAAUAAAAUGGUUAGUCUUUAAUUGUUAGUCACAAGAAUCUUUGUUCCAACAUAAAAUAACUGCGGAAGACGAGUCUUGCAUACUACCAAAGCAACGGAGUUAGGAAUCCGCAGCCUGAUGGACUUCCAAAAGAUACCCCGAGAAGCCAUGCUUUAACUUGAUGGGGCAAAUAAAAAGAGCCAAGCAUUCAAAGGAUUCAAGGGACAUGGGUGGUGCUGUGGGUUAAACCACAGACCCUAGGACCUGCCGAUCAGAAGGUUGGCGGUUUGAAUCCCUGCGACGGGGUGAGCUCCCGUUGCUUGGUCCCAGCUCCUGCCAACCUAGCAGUUCGAAAGCACAUCAAAGUGCAAGUAGAUAAAUAGGUACCGCUCCGGCAGGAAGGUAAACGGCAUUUCCGUGCGCUGCUCUGGUUCGCCAGAAGCGGCUUAGUCUUGCUGGCCACAUGACCCGGAAGCUGUAUGCUGGCUCCCUCGGCCAAUAAAGUGAGAUGAGCGCCGCAACCCCAGAGUCGGCCACGACUGGACCUAAUGGUCAGGGGUCCCUUUACCUUUUAUCUUAAGUAUUCAAAGCUGCUUUAAACUGAGUCAGGCCUAGCUCAUUUCAUCGUUUACAUUGACAGGCAGCAGCUCUCCAGGGUUUCAGACUGGGGAAACUCCCCAACCUUUCUGGAGGUGUCAGGAGUUGAAUCUAGGACUUUCUGCAUGGAGAACAGGUGCCCUUCCCCUGAGCUACAGCCCUGCUCCAACCUUUCCAGAGAGCAGGGCAUUCUAUAAAGUUGAUGCUACAGCCGAAAAGCCCCUACCCACAUGUAGCACUUCUCUUAGCAAACCUGGAUAGGACCUUUGAUCAUGGUGCAAUGGAGGGAACAUAUAGGAACAUAUGGGAACAGUGUAUUACUUCCUUGGCUUCUCACAGCCUUUGAUUGACCUGCUUGGCCUUGCUUUCCACAGGACCUGUGAGCUGUGUGAUUGUGACUAUGCCCCAAACUGCUGUGAACACAACCGUUGGUGCAAAUGUCACUCUUCUUUGCACAUACAGAACGGAGAUGUCGAUAUCUGGUUUGUUAAUUCAGUGGAGCUUCUACAAUCACAAUUCGAAGAACCGUCCAAUAGUAAGAAGCUUUAAGAAAUAUAUCUAUAUAGCCAUGUAUUUAGUUAUGUAUCGCCUGCUACCAAUAGCUUUGAAUGCCAACUGCUGUUUUUGAUGUAGUUUUAAGUUAUUCUAAGGAAGGCCCAAAUAUUUAAAUAUAUUUAAAAAUCGUUUUGACCUCACAGUAGUGGAGUUGUGCCCCUUACUGGGAGGGAGAGUGGGCAGGGCAAGGUGACAUGGAGUUCAUUGUGGUGCAAACACAUUGGCAGGGGCACCAUAUGGCUCCACUGGUGCUUUUGCACAAUACAAACCUCCCAACUAUCUCCCUCCCACCAGUGAGCAGCAGCAACUCUGCUACCAGGAGGUCAGCUAAGUGCUGGCACCCUCCUGUCACUUCUGACCACCAGAGCAUAAGAUCAAACUGCUCUACUCAAUAAUUAAGUUUCCCUGGAAGUGGGUACAUCCUUGGGACAGCAGGAGGAGACAUAAACUUCGAACAGGGAUUAAUCCUUUAACCGUCUUGAGCAAAACCCCUAUUUUUCUUCAUCCUGGCAGCCACAAGAUGAAGGAAGCAUUUCACAUGCGACCAGUAGUAGCCAUUGGGGUGGAACGGGGUGGGGUGGGGAUAGGCAUUGCUUAUGUGGCCUCCCAACCUGGGUUGCUCUGGUAACCAAGAGGGAGAAGGGUGGGGCAGCAGGGGAGGUGGGGUGGUGCAGGCCCACAUCACACUGACCUUCCCUCCCUUUUCCUCUCGGUUACUAGGAUCAACCUCUGUGCUAGGAAGCCAGGGUAAACAGUUCUGCCCCACCCUGCUUGCUCUCCCAUGUGACACAGCAGCGAAUCUUGGUUCACAGCAGGGAGCUACUUCCAUAUGUCAUUUUACAUGCGUUUUUUGUGUUUUUUUUAAUUCCACCCUUAAAUAUACCCUUAAAUAAAAUACUUGAAGCUGCUCUGACUUGAGGGCAGUGGCUGCAAACUUGUUGGAUUGGGGAAUGGUCCUAUUGGCUACUUCCCUGUAUCUCACUUUACUGGCUACUGAUUCUUAUCACAUUCUGGUUGCAAUCCUGCACACACUUCCCUGGAAGUAAACCCCAUUGAACUCAGAGGUGCUCAUUUCUCAGAAGACAUGCCUAGGAUUGUGCGGUUAGUUUACCAACCAAAGAAUUCCAUAUGCUAGUCCAAGGCAACCACUCAUCUCCCUCGUGCUCUCCUAUGCCUUCAGGUUGUGUACUUCCAUUCAAAGAGCAACAGGGUCUGUUCAACCCAAUAUACAACCCAAUAUUUUAAUAUGAUCACCCUGUGAGCACUGCCUGAUAAUUUUUGCCAUGGUCCGCCACAGAAUCAGGCCAGACACAGAAAACAAGCUUGGCAGGGGGUUGGACUCGAUGGCCCUUGUGGUCUCUUCCAACUCUAUGAUUCUAUUCUAACAAUACUCUGGAAGACUUUGAAUUUUUGCACAGGGUCUCAUGCCAUUGUGAACCAGGGGUCAGGAUCUUCUGAUGUCAUGGGAUGGAGCCCCAUAUGCAAAACUCUGAUAGGCAAGGGGUCAGGAGAUGGAACUACAGAUGCCCACAAAUAUGGUGAAAAAACAGGGUAGGGGAAUAGGAUUGUUGUGGUGUCAUUUGGUGGGAUUCCUGUCUCUAUUUUCCACUGGAAAUAAUGGAACAACCAUUAUUGGGUUGGGGAGGGGAACAACCUAUUUGAUGCAAGAUUUUCUCUUUCAAAAUGCUGAGUGUGUUUUGCAAUAGCAUUUUAAAAUAAUUCUGCUAUGAAAUGCCAAGGCUAACAUCCAAAGGUUGUAAUAUGAUUUAAACUUGCUCUCCUGAGGUUUAGAUGGAAGGGCUUCAGCUCAGAGGUUGAGUAGGUAUGUUGCAUGCAGGAAGUUCCAAAUUCAAUCCCAGGCAACUCCAGGGAGAGCUAGUUAAAACAACAACCCUGGUUCGAGUCCUGAAUAGCGGCUUCCAGUCAGCCUAGACAACAAUGAGUUAGAAUCUCCAUAGAGAGCGAGAAGGUAAUAAGUUAGAUCAGUGGUUCCCAAAGUGGGAUUGGGAUUACCUGGGUGCUGGGAUUACCUGGCAGGACACUAAGAGCCAAGGGGGUGAUAGGAACGUGGGCUCCUAUGCGCACAUUGAUCACCUAUUUAUGACCAGGCUAGAACCUAGUACAAAACCCCUCUCUCGCUUUGUAUUUAAAUUUUACUGUUAUUAUCUCUUUCAAAGCUAUUUACUUUGGUAAUGUUUGUUUGUAUUUAUGCUUCUGAAAUGUCACAAGUAACAAGAUAGCCGAUUAUUGACAAUAGCUACUGAUUUUCUUAUAAAUUAGCUACUGUACAUCUGCGCUAGGUGAUGUUUGUAUAUGUUUGUUAAGUAGUUAUAUAUAACUAUUUUGCUAUAAUUUCCUUCACCCUUAAGCUUUCAUGAGUAAAAAUGCCUAAAAAUAUUUUUCAUGCAGUAUUCUUUGCUGUGCAUUCUUUUUUCAACUACAAUAUUAUAUCAGAGUAUAUAUUUAUUUGUGUGUGCAUCAAUCACACACACACACACUUGUGCCUGUAAGUUAGUUUUCCUGGGGAACUACAGCUAUUAAAAAGUGUAUUUUUUAAAAAACCCGAAUAUAGCUUAUGUUGACGCUGACAUCUUCAAAUGGUAUAGCUACAAUUCAAUGUUUAUUGACCAUGCCAUGAAAAUAUUUAAUCAAAAAGGAAUGUAAUGUGAAUGUAUUAAUUUAAUUGAACACUUAAUUUGUCCUUUAUGACUAUUACUGCUACUGUGUUGAAUUUUUAUUGUGUUAUUAUCUUUCUUAGUGAGUCAUGCAAACCACUAUUCUGAAUAAUGCUUCUUGUAGGGUAGGGGCAUUGUUGAUGAUCUUAUGGAACCAGGAUGGUGGUGGCCCCAAAAGUGUGGGAAGCACUGAGCUAGAUGGACCAAUAGCCUGACUUGGCAUAAGGAGCUUCAUAUGUUCCUCUGCAAUACUAUAAUCCCGCUAUGAACCAUGACAUCAUACCUGCAACCUCCCUAAUUUAGAUGGCAUAUUAUGAAACCUUUCUUUCCAACAUGAUUGAUUACUUUCUUUGGGAGAAGAUACCAGGUUAAGCUAGCAAGCUUCCAUGUCUAUCUGAUGCUUUAGAAAUUAUGAAUGCCUUCAUACUUGGACUUGUCCCCUCCCUCUUAAUGAUAAUCAAACACACAGAGGAAGGGCUGUAGGUCAGUAGGCAAAGCAUCGGCUUUGCAUUCAAAAAGUCACAACUCAUCUCUCAGCCCAUUUCUACUCAAAUGCAGCUUUCCCCGUGCCACCUUAUUGAUGAAAAGACCAUCGAUCAUUGUCAAAUGAUGGUGUACCUAACAGAUGCACGGGGAAGGUGUAGCUGGCUUAAUAAGGUAAGGCAAACCUCUUCUUCUACAGCAUCUCAAGUCCGUCUUUGGAUAUGCACCUCUUCAAGUUCUCUCCAUCACUUUCUGCUGUUUGCUUCUUGCAUCCACAUAAUCCCUGCUCUUAGUUCAUCCACCCAUCAUCCAUGACAUCAUCCCUUUGGUCUUUUGCAAUUGUAGCAUCUCCAUACUAACACUGCUUUGUUCCAUCAGCCUGAGUCACCUCUUGCCACCGAUUCUGCAUAUGUCCAUUUUAACCGCGUCCUUUUCCACUAUAUUUGUAACUUUUGAUCUCUGUCAUAUCUAGUUAUUAGUUUUUCUGUAUUUGAAUGAAAUUACUAAAACUGCAUGCUCCAUGGCAUGUUGUGUUGUUCUUAAGCUGUUCGUGUUUCUCUGUGUCAUGGUCCAGUUUUCUGCUCCAUAACACAUGAGAGGUAAUAUGCACGUAUUUAAACUUUAGCUUUCUAAGGAAAUGUUUUUAUUUUUCAUUAUGAAACUGAGUUUUCCAAAGGCUGCCCAUUAUAACAUAUUACUUUGAUAUCUAGCAUUGUUAUUUAUGUUCUUCUAUAUCCUCUUUGCAGGUUUCUGGAGUUAGGUUUUCUCAAAUAUAAGCUCUAACCUUCUUCCUCACACAGUCUUAAGACUGCAUUUCAGAAUUAAUCUUCAAAGUGUCACAGCAAGUCCUCAUGUGACAGAAUCAAAGUUCCCCAGUUGAUAAUUAGUUCAGUUGGGAUUUGAAUAUUAAAGUACUUAAUUCCAGAACAAUCUGCAGUCAAGGACUCAGCUAUCCUUUGAAAUUCGCACUUCUCCAAAUUUUGUGAUGUGGUUCGGCAACCAAGCAAUAUGUACAAAAAUGUGUAUUUUGGGGCAACUGGGUACAUAAAUGCAUAUAUUAGUGAAAAUUACGAACAAGCAUGCAUUCAGGGGAACUGCUUGCAAAAAUGUGUAUAUUAGAGAAAAUGUCAUUAAAAUGCUGGUGAUUUCUCCUUAUGAUUUUUUGGGGGGAGGAGGUGGGGAGUGAACUACUGCAGAAAUGUAGAAAACUGAAUUUAAGACUGAGAAACUGAAAUUGACAGAUUUGGCAGAUGCUAAAAAGGGAAAUAAUACAAACUCACUUCUGCAGUGGUGCCCCGCAAGACGAAUGCCUCGCAAGACGAAAAACUCGCUAGACGAAAGAGUUUUCCGUUUUUUGAGUCGUUCCGCAAGACGAAUUUCCCUAUGGGCUUGCUUUGCAAGACGAAACUGUCUUGCGAGUUCUUGCGAGUUUGUUUCCUUUUUCUUAAAGCCGCUAAGCCGUUAAUAGCAGCUAAGCCGCUAAGCCGUUAAUAGCCGCUAAACCGCUAAGCCGCUAAUAGCCGCUAAGCCACUAAGCCGCUAAAUAGCCGUGCUUCACAAGACGAAAAACCGCAAGACGAAGAGACUCACGGAACGGAUUAAUUUCAUCUUGCGAGGCACCACUGUAUAUCUUUUAAUCAUCUAAUCCAAGAGAGGCAGUAGAUGUUCUGAACUGGUGCCUGGGUAUGGUGGAGGACGAAGAAACUCAAUCCAGAAAAGAUGGGGCACUGUUGGUGGGUGGUUAACAAAACACUGUUAGUGGGUGGGUUUUUUUGUUUCGUUUUGUUGGUAGGUGGUUCAUCUGUACAGUUUUGUGGUGUUCAACUUGCCAUUGAUGGAAUUGCACACCUCCUAAAGAGGUAGGCUCAUAGCUUGGGGAUGCUCUUGGAUCCAGAAUUGUCACUUGAACAUCAGGCGUCCUUGGUAGCAAAGAGUGUCUUUUUUCAGCUUCAGGAUAUUCACCAACUAUGACCAUGUUUGGACAGAUAUAACCUUGAAAUAGUUAUCCAUCUUCUAGUAACCAUGAUGGAUGUAUAGGUGAUGGACCAUGCAAGCAGGAGGUCAGUAGUCCCAAUGGUCCAACCAGACAGGAAGUUUAGGCAAAGCAGGAUCAGCACAUUGGAGAAGGCUUUACAAGUGGGUUUUGUGACCAUAGCUAGUGAUCCUGCAGCUGAGGCAGAACAUACGAGUUCUCUCAACAGUGUCCUGGUGCAAGUGCCGAAUUUUAUAGCCUGGGCCUCACCCCUCACCCCUGGAUGGAUAAUUAAAGGGCUAGUGCCUUCUUCUGUAGCUACUGGUUUCUUCUAGAAUCCUGUGUCCCUCCUGUUCUUGUUGGAUUAUAGCUCCCAUAAUCCCUGACCACUGUCUAUGCUGCCUGUAGCUGAAAGGUCAAACAACAUCUGGAGGGUCACAUGUUCUCCACCCUUGUUCAAAGCCAUAGUGAUGUCUUCUCAUGGCUUCCCUGAUCCUUCAAGGAAUCUGUGGGGCAAUCAUAAUAGAUAAUAACAGAGGUAGCUCUUUGGGUUUCAGAGCAGGUUAUGAUGACCAUGGUUCUACCAGGGAAGACCAAGGAAUGGAUUUGUCUCCUUAGAAGUGCUAUCAGUGUAGGACUCUACCGCUAAGGAUUUCAGGUCUGUUUGGCUUAUUGCAAUUUAUUAUGUUUAGGGCUGCCCUUGGUCAUAUUAUGUCCAUAUGUGGUAUUUGUUUGUAAUCUCUUGUUUAUUUAUAUUUAAUACCUUCAGCUGAAACUUAAUGAUGCUGUGCAUUGCUGCUUUGGGGUGUAUAUUUAUGUGCACAAGGGAUUCGUAGGUAAUGCAUGUGCAGCUGACCCACUGGACCUGCUCCUUCUCUUUCCUGUUGCAACCUAUUUGUUCAUCUAUCUCUGGCUUGGAUGGAGGGCCAGAGAGGGAGCAGUAGAUGCCAUUGACUGCUUGCUUGCUACUCCUCUACCUGGCAUGCAGACAGUUGGUAGAAAAGAUGAUUAGGAGGAGCAGGUGGUAAUGUCAAUGCUGAGGUAGACUUAUUGUACUUGGGGGUGCCAAGGGACCUCCAAAAUUUACGUCAGGCAUAGUGUGGAUCGGGGUUGUGGACUGUGGCUACAGGAGCUGCCAUGGUGAACUCCUGAACUUUGACAUUACCAGUACACCUCUCUUUGCAGGAGAGGUUGGCUGCUAGGCAUGACAGCUAUGCCCUACCUCCAUGUUGGAGGCAGUUAGUCUCUGACUGUCAGUUGCUGGGUAUCACCGUGUUGUAGUUAGGUUCUGUUUGUGGUCUCCCCCUGGACAUCUAGUUGGCCACCAUGAGAACAGAGUGCUGGACCAGAUGAGCCCUUGUUCUGAUCAGCAGGCUCUUUUUAUAUUGUUUUUGUACAGAGGAAAUACAUACUUACAGUGGAAAUGCAUUCCGUAUAUCUCUCAGGAAAGAGUAGAGUUGCUGGCAGAAUUAGCUGAUGGUCAGAUUUUGACCAUGUUGAGUUCUCUGUGUAGGAGUCAAGCCUUUAUAUUAUCUCUUUAUUGAUAACUUUUCUGUGAAUCUCUCUCCCAGAAAUUUGGUAUUGUUUUGCUUUUAAGGAAUGCGUUCUCUUUUAUCACUGAGAGGCAAGGUGAGGUGACCAUGAGGUGACCAUCUCAGGAGGCAGGAGGCACAAGAGCAGCAGAUCCCAUUGUAGAUCUUUAUCAACCCUCUCCCCUUGUUCCUGAUGUAGAUCUUCCCUCAUUCUUUCUUCCCUGACAGGGUGGUGGCACUAUUUUGUGGUUCACUUCAGGUGCCAAGAUAUCUGAGAGGGUCGCAAAAAAAAUUCUGGCCUCAGUGCAGAUCAGGAGAGAAUUUUCUGCUGGCUUCUUGAGAGGAAAAAAAAUGUAUUUGCAUUUUAAUUGUACUUUUAAAAAGUGUUGUAUCUUUUCUUUUUGCACUGAAUGCUAAUUGAUCUGAGGCCAUAAUAAACAAUUCUUCUUCCAGGAGUUAAAGCCUUUGGUUUUAGAAGAAAACAAGGCCUUUGGUGGCCAACUACCCUGAAAUUAUUCACAUAGUUUCAUUUCAGCUAGGGCUUUUCCAGAUUACCCCAUUUAGUGAGCAUUUGCCCUGAUUGGCUUGCCCAAAUCUUAUGCAGAGGUAAGAUUAUAUCUGGUCUUUACUGAGCAUUUGUUCAGAAUUGUUUGUAAGUAGGUUAUAUGACAAUGAGCAUUUGUGCUGAUUUGAUUUUCGUUCACCCCACACAUUUCAGUGCAUUUCCCCAUCAAUUCCCAAACUGCAACACACACACACACACAUACACAAAAAUAUUGUGAGUGUGCUAGAAUGACAAAGCUUUUUAAUCUACUUUAAAUGCUCACAUCUAAAAGUUUUGGUGUGAGAUUGAAUCAUUCCUGCAGAGUGACAUUCUGGGGUCACCCUUAUACCAUUUUCUAGUCCCCUGUGACUUUUAAAUCUUUCCAUUUCACUCCUUUUAGUUGGGAAGGAGAUGCAAUGUUGCAUAUACAGUAACAGCCCCAAGCAACAGCUUUCAGUUGUGUGACCAUUUUUUUUUGGGGGGGGGGUGUUCCUGAUUGCAGUAACCAACAUCCCUUGGUAGUUUUAGGGUGCAUCCUGUUUUCAGUCAACGGCAGUGUCUAGAUAACAUUGAUGAUAAGCAAUAGUCAAUCCAGCAUUCAUUUGCAUGAGUGUUUCUUUGAAUACAAUCAAGCUGAUCUGUAAAGUAAAUAGAAUGAUUUUGCUGCUGGGUGACAGGGAUUGAUAGUUUAUUUACUUAAAGUAGUAGAAAUUGGUGCAUUUUGCUGGCAGCAGAGAGGCAGAAAACUCACUUUAUUUUUCAUGACGUUUUGCAAAGCAGCUAUACUGAUCAAUGUGACAUUGGCAAUUGGCAACUUGAUGCCAGAAUUAUGGAAAAGUCCUGUGUCAAUGACACAGCUCAGCAACAAAAGCUCAACAACUUUUGCGUCCUGAGUUUCACUUUUUGAAAUAUGGCAACCCUAAAAUAUGUGCUGUGAUCAUGUGGAACUCAAUAACAUGACUAGUUUUCUCUGUUGACUUGAAUUUACAACUGUUUUACUUUAUUGAAAGAUAACAGAGAGAUACUGGAACUAAGUAUUUUUUAAAAAGCAGAAAAUACAAAUGUCUUAUUUCAUUACUAUGACUGUGAUUGACUUUAAAUUUUGUGCUACAGAUUUAUUAUCGGCAGGGAUCCAUUUCGAAUUCUUAUGGACAGUUUCAUGGUCGCAUUCGAGCCGCCACCGGGCUAGGAAAUGCAUCAAUAACCAUCUUAAACAUGCAGGCAUCGGAUUCUGGUAUUUAUACCUGUGAAGUUUUCAACCCUGAAAACCCAAAUACCCAGGGUGAAAAAACAAUGUCUGUCAGCGUACUAGGUAUUUAUUUAUUUCUUCUUCUUCUAUGUACCAUCCCUGUUGAUUUCGUACACUAUGUUGAAUUUCAGACUCAGCGUUAACAGAUCCUAACUGGAAAACUCCUGAUCAGGGCUCCAGCCAGUUGUUCCCUGGCAUUCCAGUCCCCUGGUUUUCAUGUUUCUUUUUCAGCUGAUAUAUAGCAUUCCAGGUCUAUAGCACGUCUAGUGUUUGUUGAACUAUUUUGGAGGCAGGGACAGGUGAGUUCCUCCUAUGGUUGCUCAAAGAAAGAUGCUGAAUUCUGGUUAAUGCAUGUGUUACUUUAAACCACAAGAGGGCACUGUUUGGAUAGCAACCUAGCCAGCACUUGCUUGGAAUCUUUGCUUUGUGUAAGUUAACUUUACCCUUAAAAGCUGAGCCAUUUUGUUUGCUGCUCUCUCCCAGCAAUAUGUCUGUCACUUUCUCUCUCUUAUCUCUACGUAUUCUGUAAAUAGCUCCUGCAUGAGUAAAGCCUUUGAACUCCAUAAAUUUUAAGUCCUUAUUCCAAUACAAUUCAUCCAAACUGCAAGGUCUGCUAACACCUUGUAGUUCUGCAUACCUUGGGAUUUUACCAAGCAUGUUGUUACCUCUCACUUGUUUUUCAAUUGCCUUGUUUUGGCUCCAUGUCUGUUGAAAUGAACUGAAACUGAAACCUGUGGCCCUGCAGAUGUUGCUGAACUACAACUCCCAGCACCCCUGCAUUGGCCAUGCUAGCUGGGGCUGAUGGAAGCUGAUUUAAAGCCUGGGGGCCACAUUAUUUUCUAGGCAAUCUUUUGACUGCAAGAGGCACAGUCAACAUGUUAGAACAACGUGGUUCUAAUGGGUGAUCCAUGGCUCUUUCACAUGCAUCAUUCUUUUUUUACUGAAUUUUUAAAACCUGCUCUGCUGACUCUUGAUUGUUACUACACUGUCAGUUUUAUGUGAGUCUUUUUAAGUGUUUUUACUGGGUGACUUUCAUCUUAAGCGGCUUUGGAUAUUUUUUUACAGAGAAGUGCCUUAUCAUUAUUGUUAUAUAUUCUUACAAAGGAACUCAGUUCUCUUGAGUGCCAGCCAUUAUGUUAGGCAAAACAGCACCACCUAUAUGGGGAAGAAAUGUCAGCUGACUUGAAGGAACAAAGGUUUGCAGAAAUAAUAUAAAAAUCUUUAGCGACCCCCCCCCUAAAACCCCAUCCUAAAAGGUGGUGGUGAUAGUAGCCCCCUGAAGCAGUGGAGGGUGGUUUCUCAUGGCAAAUGGGGCACUGCCCCACCAAUCUCAGUCUUAGCCAACCCUGGGCAUCUGUCUCACUUCUUCAUUACAGCCACUCAGUCUCAGUGUUGCUCUUGCAGAACCCAUCAAGGAGGAAGAUGGGGACAAAACUAGACUUAGUUGGCCCUGCCUGUCACUGGCUCUGGCUCCUCCUAUUGCUUGGGCUUCCUGCCUCCUGCCCUACCAGCUCCAUAUAUGCAAAUAAAUCUAUUUUACUGCACAAGGGCUAAAGUACCGUAUUUUUUGCACCAUAACACUCACUUUUUUCCUCCUAAAAAGUAAGGGGAAAUGUCUGUGCGUGUUAUGGAGGGAAUGCCUACGGGUGGCAUGCCUACGGAUUUUCCUCCUCUAAAAACUACGUGCGUGUUAUGGUCGGGUGCAUGUUAUAGAGCGAAAAAUACGGUAGUUUUUUGGGGGGAAAUGCUGGUAUAUACAUAUAUAUGAUAUAUAUAUAUAUAUAUAUAAAAGUCCUGUGUUUUUCUUUCGUACUGCUGAAUUAAUUUAUUUUAAUCCUAAAUGUUUUGGUGAUGUAAAACUUAGAAAACAUCAAAUAAGUGAUUUUUUUUAAAAAAAAUAAAGUUUUAUUUCUUGCCGAUAGUUCUAGAAUAACUGGGACAGGGCGUAUUUAAAACGAUGCCACAGAUUUCAGGGAGAACUUCACUGAUCUGCCUUUUCUGCUGUUGUUUUCUAGUCCCCCCCUCCAAGCCUCACUGCGGCUUUGUUCAAGAUAAGGAGGCUGAUAUUGGCCACGCCAUCACCCUUUUCUGCUUUUCUGAAAAGGGGAUGCCUGAUCCUAUAUACCUCUGGCACAGAGUAUCAGGAGAUUCAGCUGUACAAGUGACAGGGAACUACAGUAAGUAAUAUCUGUGUAUUGAGUUAUGUUGGCAGGACUGGCCCUCUUAACUUGGUUGUGCAGCAGUGCCUGCAAAGCAACAGCAACAGUUUCCAUUGAGAUCUGGCAUGCACUGUAAUAUCUUGCGAGAUUUUAGAGAGAUCUCACUGGAAGCUGGUGCCACUGCUGGUGCCACUUCACCACCAGUGGCAGAGCUUCUGGGCCUUCCGCUGCCUGAGGUGACUGCCUCACCCUGCCUUAGGGGUGGGCUGGCUCUGAGCAGCAUAAAUGGGGGAACUGUAGCCUCCAGAUGUUGUAGGAUUUCAGCUGCCAUCAUUGGGUCAUGCUAGGCAGGGUUGAUUUGGGCUAGAGUCCAAGCACAUCUGGAGGGCCAUAUAUUCCCCAUCCCUGAUUUAGGCAAUAUGCAAAGCCUGAUGUGGUGGCUUAAAGAGGACACCUGAAAAAUACUGGUGGUUGCCUGAACUCUUGAGUAGCAAGAAGCUUUGGGUUAUCUGGGAUGAAUAAAGAGGGUGGCGCUGCGGUCUAAACCACUGAGCCUAGGGCUUGCCAAUCGGAAGGUUGGCGGUUCGAAUUCCCGCGACGGGGUGAGCUCCCAUUGCUCGGUCCCAGCUCCUGCCUGCUUAGCAGUUUGAAAGUACUUAGUGCAAGUAUAUAAAUAGGUACUGCCCCAGUGGGAAGGUAAACGGCAUUUCCAUGCGCUGCUCUGGUUUUGCCAGAAGCAGCUUAGUCAUGCUGGCCACAUGACCUGGAAAAACUGUCUGCGAACAAACGCUGGCUCCCUCGGCCAGUAAAGCGAGAUGAGCACCGCAACCCCAGAGGCGUUCACGACUUGACUUAACUUUACCUUUACCUUUACCUUUAUUCUACACUGAAAGUAACCCUGAUGAUAGGGUUACCUUUACUUUUAUUCUACACUGAAAGUAACCCUGAUGAUAGUCAGUGUCCAGCCUUUUCUUGAAAACCUCAGCAGAAGGACAGCUGGUCACCCCUUUAUGCAGAAGAGUCCCACUAUUCACCUGCUUCAACAUCUAGGAACUCUUGCUUAACAUUUUACCUUCCUGAAGUUGAAGCCCACAAAAUAUUAUCCAGUGCCCCAUUCACAAGGGAAAGUGCUGCUCCCUCUCUUCUAAAUAACAAAUCUUUAAAUCCCUUUGGCAAGCAUGGAAACUUUAAAAACUGCCUCUAACCAAGAACAUUCCAGUGUGGUAGAGAGGGUCCUUCCUCUUAUGCAAUCUGUCAUAGGAUACUGAGUCAGUCCUGUUGGCCAGCCUAGAUUAGUGCUGCCUACGCUGACUGGCAGUGGGUCUCUAGGAUUUCAGACAGCGGAUAAUUCCCUGCCCCACCUGGAGGUGCUGGGGAUUGAACAAGUGCCCUUAUGCAUACAAUGCAGGCGCUCUACCACUGAGCUACUGCCUUUAUGAGACACCUGACAUGAAUAGGGUGGCCACCCACAGUUCACCCCAAAAGGAAGAAAACCAAAAAGAAGAAGAGAGGGCACUGGUUUGCAUAGGACGUGCACAUGCUGAUUUAUAUGCAUCGAUGCAAAUUUAGAAAGAAUGGCUGCAAAACAAAACAUCUCCCUCUAGUGGGGAAAACUGUGCUGCAGUUGCUUUCAUGCCUCCUCUGUCUGUUGUCCAGAAGCUAACUCCCAGUGGGCCACUGCAGGGCCCCUCAUGCUAUCCCUUCUUAGGGACUGGACAGCCAUCCAAACAAAGCCUGCGAGCCAAUCUAUUUCCCUUAAAAUCACGCCCACCUGUCAUCUGGAAUCACUGGGUGACACCAGCUGAUAGGCACAGAGGCAAGCUUCAAUCCUGCUGGGUCCUUCUUUGCCAGUGCAUUCCCUGUGGGGGAAUGCAUUGGCAAAUCAGACUCCUGCAGAGGGCAGGAUUGAGUGGAGAUCUGGUAAGCACAGAGUUCAGUCCUGCAUGGUUCUUCUUCACCAACAAAUUCCCUGCAGACCCUUUUCUCCCAACCCACAGCCUGUGCUGAUUUUGACAGGUGGGCAGGACCAUUCACCUUUCAGUCACUGGAUGUCAUCAGGACAUCAGCUGAUUGACAGGCAGCUGACCCCACCUUGAACUUACUUUUCCCACUUCUUCCCUUUCCUUUGUGCAUAAUGCCUCUUGUACACCUGAGGUUGUGCAGCUGAGGACAGGAACCUUCUUAUUAAUGAUUUUUGUAAGCUGCUCUAGCAGCCUUUUUGACUGAAGGGGGUGGGGGUGAGAAUGUAUAAAUGUGUUAGGUAAACAAAUUAAACCUCAACUUCUCUCUCGUUUUGUUACAGUUCCUCAAAGUGGUCGCUUGGUAAUAGGAAACCUGACAAAGUUUGAAGAAGGCUACUACCGUUGCACAGCUAUUAACUCUCUUGGAAACAGCACCUGCCAAAUCGACCUCACUACAAAACGUGAGUUUGCUAUAGUUAUGUCAACCUUUUCAUUCUUUAUAUUUGGAAUAGCUAUUCAAUGAAAUUCCCAAAUAUUAGCUGCUCCAGGAUGUCUGGGGCUGGCACAAGACCUGAGCUGAGCAAGUGCUUUGCAUGGUUUCAAGAACAACAGAACAGACACAGGAAAAGACACAUUUAAAAGAUGUGGUGCUACAGCCAGGGAUGCCAAACUCAGGCAUCUGCCAAGAAUGCACAUCCCACUGACAAAAGCCUCCUGAACCUGCUGCACUGAACAGGCAGGCUUGCUGAGGGCGGGAGGGGGCCGUGGAUGGUUGCCCAGGGGCCCUCCAAAACCUUGAGCUGCCACUGGUGACAAUGUUUCUCUCUGCUGAGCUGCUGAAAGAACAUCAAUUGCUGCUGACCUGAAAGGAAAUGUGGAGUCAGAAUCAUUUCCAGCUUUUGUUAACCUACUCAAAACGUUCAGCUGCCAAAGAAUAAUAAUAAAAAGGAACCAUCCCAACACCAACAACAUUCCAGGCUGUGUUCCAGCUAGCUAGUCAUAAACAGCAGGGAAGGUUAAAUAUGUUCUCCUAACCUUCCUUUUGAGGGGCCAGUGCCAGAAGGUGGUGAGGUCGGGCAUCUGCUGGGGUCCCAAGAUCAGCAAUGGGCCUACUGCCCCAACAGCACCACCUUUCUCGCUUUGCAGGGAGCACAUCUGAAGAAGGCGAGCGUCGGCUUCUCAGUGUGCAUUGGUUCUAAUCUGUCAAGUUCAUUCCAUAUAUUAAAUGAGUUGGCUUCCCUAUUCUUUCAGAUUCAGAAGGUGGCAUUAUUGUUGGAGCAUUAAUUGCAGCAAUUCUGGCAGCUGCUCUGAUUGGUGUAAUUGUUUGGGUUGUAGCCUCAAAGGAGAAAGAAAAGAAGAAAAAAGAGAAAGCUGCAAUCAGUGAAAUGCAGUAAGUUGGGCAUGGGGAACCUCAGCUUUGGGGGCUCAGCUUUGCAGCUCUCCAGGUUUCUCUGUCUGGCCCUUGUAGCUCCCCACUGGCCACUCUCCAUUCCCACUGACUCCGCUCCAUGCUCUUCUCCAGUUCUUUUCCCUGGCUGAAAUAUUUAUUUGAACUGUAGUAAUGGUUCCUGCUUGCAGAUAUGUGUACAGAAACCUGGCAUAUUUGUGGCUGGAAUGAAGCCCACUAUACAAAGGUUCAAAAAGAGUCAUAACAACUGCUCCACCCACUAUUAUUCUGGCCCCACCCACCACAGGCACACAACUUCCCUGGAACAUUGCCCAUGAGGGAAUGUGUCCCUCAGGCUGAAAAGGGUUCCUCACACCUGCUGUAAAAAAAGGUAAAGGUAAAAGACCCCUGGACGGUUAAGUCCAGUCAAAGGUGACUAUGGGGUUGCGGUGCUCAUCUCACUUCAUGAUGAGGGAGCCAGCGUUUGUCCACAGACAACUUUCCGGGUCAUGUGGCCAGCAUGACUAAACCGCUUCUGGUGCAACGGAACACCGUGAUGGAAGCCAGAGCGCACAGAAAUGCCGUUUACCUUCCCACCACAGCAGAACCUAUUUAUCUACUUGCACUGGCAUCUUUCGAACUGCUAGGUUUGCAGAAGAUGGGACAGAACAACGAGAGCAAACUCCGUGGAUUCCAAUCAGCGAGCCCAAGAGGCUCAGUGGUUUAGACCACAGCGCCACCCGCUGUAGUUGCUGCCUGCAUGGGGUAGGUAGGGCAUUGCUCUAAGUUUGCUUCAGACAUGAUGGGCUAUAUCCGCCGUCUGUCUGCUAGAACAAGGGCUCUUCUGCGAAUAGACAGGUGAGUUCUAAUGCUGUGCAACAGAGAAAUCCAGCACAACAGCAACAGCUGGGCUAGCAGAAACUUAUUCUACAACAGGUUGCUGGUGACUUUAUUGCACAAUAGGCUUUGCAAUCAGCUUUUGCAUUCUGUUGCACUACAACAUUCUGCUGAAGCAAAACAUUUCGCUUGCAGUAUACACCAAGGUACUAUAACUUAGCACUGUGUUGGACACAACCCUAUAAUUCUGUCUUCUUAUAGCCAUUGUAGCUGUGCAGCUUGUUGAGUUGUUAUCUUCAAAACCAUGAGCCAUCUGAAAAAUGUGAUGGGGUUGGGGAAUAAAGGAAAAGGGAGAACUAUUCCUAGAGACAAAUUUAAUUGAUUUGGCUACUACUUCUACUACUACUAUUAUUUAUUUAAUUUCUGUACUGCCCUAUACCCGAAGGUCUCAGGGCAGUUCACAUAAAAUAUCAAAUACAUAAAAUCAUAACAAAACCAACAACCAAAUAAAACCCCCCCCAAAGGUACUACAACCUUCUCUGUUUUGCAUGAAAUUUCUGAAUACUAAUGCUCUUACUUUGUUGUCUUGCAGGACUGUGGCUCAUAAAGAACCACUGAAUGUUGCCUACGCUGCUGUGCCCAGCCAAGAAAGUGCCCCAGUGGCAGCUGUUCCACCAAGCAAAGAAUCCAAUGAGACCAGUGAAUACAGCACCCCAGAGGAGCCUGAGGUUGCUGCCAUGCCUGAGAAUGCGACACAAGAAAUGGAGCGCCAACCAGUUGCCUAAAUUUUCCUCACAACGUUAAGGGAACCCAACAGCAACUUGUCCAGAAACAAAUUUAUAAAAAGCACAACCAUUUUAACCACUUCCCCCAGUGCAGCAAGGGCUUCUACAUGCAGGUCCCCUUUUGGAUCAGGGCCUACAUGCACAAAAGGCUGCUCAGCGUGUGACACCCUUGGCUGUAUGUGAACAUCCAGGACCCAGAACCAUGCAUGGCAGCUUUGUCCCCUGGCCUGGGCCUGCAUGCACACUGCUGCACAGUAUCUAUCUCACCUCCCCACCCCCUUCUCCUCCAGCAGGUUAGCAGUACUGGUCAUCUUUUCAACUGGUAUGUAGGUUUCAGAAUUGGAGCACAGAUAUUUAAGGAGUUAGAGACCCCAUGCUUUCAAACAGCUAAAGAAAGGCAGGUACUAUUCCUUUAGCACACGUAUUGCAAACGUUGCACCUAUGCUCUUGAGGUCUUGCCUUGGUACCCACAAAACCUCUGACCUCUCCCCCUUCACUGUCUUCUUUGUUAUGAGGUGGUCAGGGUGGCCACCUUUCCCCGCUCCCCUUGGAAAAGUACACAGAGCUGAAGGAGGAUGUUGGAAGAGCAGCCCUCUUCUCCACUCCUUCAAUCAUCUCUAUAGUACUUUCCAGGCUCAGAUUAAUUCUACUGAAAUGCCCAGAGUCUGGAGCCCAUAGCACACACUUAAAAAUGCAAGUGUACCCAUGGCUUAAGGUUGGCAACCCCUACUUUUAAGAUAUAUGUAAAAAUCAUAUUUUUAAAGCACUUACAAUGCUGUGCCAAUACAUUAUUCUUUUGCAUUUUCCUUAUUAAAUGGGAUGAGAUGUUUUAGGCUCUAAAACAACCAUAGCUCUUCCACGGCUCACAGCUUAAGUUAUUACUCAGAAUAACGCUAUCCUAGAACUAUCUGCCAAACUACAUUUUUCAUCCUACAUAAUAACUGCACUUACUAUGGGGAUGAUCAAAAGCAGCUUGCAUCCAGCUCUGUCUUGCAAUGGGCCUUCUCAGUCCCAACUUUCCUAAAAGCAGCUCAUUGAGCCUCCUCUUCCAAUCACAGGAAACUUCAGAAACAUCCUCCUGUGCAACAGCUUCUCUGAGAAAAACAUCCUCAUGGAAAGUUAUGCAUGGACGAGUGUUAUAAUGUAUACUUCUGCAGGCAGUUCUCUCUUGCUGCAAGAGUAUAUUGGAAUACAGCAUUUACACCCUGUGUACCCAUGCAUUCAUGUAUAUUUCUUUGUUCCUAUUAAAAACUGCUAAGGUUUCAUUUUGUAUCAUAGCUCUCAACCAAAUAUCCUUUAGAGCAAAUGCUGGAGGACAAUGAGGACUUGUUUCAAGUUAAGGGUAUCUAAACUUCACCGCUGAAUUUGCCUGCAUCAAUCCGGCCCCAGAUUUAUAUCUAACCCGCCCCUGCCAAGUGAUGAUAAAUAGGCAAGGUAAAGAUUGCUGAUAUGGUUUCUAAAUAUUGGAUAGAGUUUAACACCGUGGAACAUCUAGCUUGGGCUAUCUGAUAAAAUUAUGGUGUUCAAUUUGCACCCAUGUAAACUUUUGAGGGACGCGGGUGGCGCUGUGGGUUAAACCACAGAGCCUAGGACUUGCCAAUCAGAAGGUUGGCGGUUCGAAUCCCCGCGAUGGGGUGAGCUCCUGUUGCUCAGUCCCUGCUCCUGCCAACCUAGCAGUUCGAAAGCACAUCAAAGUGCAAGUAGAUCAAUAGGUACCGCUCCGGCGGGAAGGUAAACGGCGUUUCCGUGCGCUGCUCUGGUUCGGCAGAAGCGGCUUAGUCAUGCUGGCCACAUGACCCGGAAGCUGUACGCCGGCUCCCUCGGCCAAUAAAGCAAGAUGAGCGCCGCAACCCCAGAGUUGGUCACGAUUGGACCUAAUGGUUAGGGGUCCCUUUACCUUUUUUUUAAACUUUUAACAUCUGUAGCUUCACUGGGAUGCUUAAUAGUCAAGAUGACAGGAUGUCUUUUUCCUUUUAUAACAUGAAUAUAAUUUUUGGAUGAAGUAUUUAGCUGUUUAGUUAAAUUUUCCUUCUGUCUCUAUACUCAAACAAAUCUGUAUUUUUUCUGUUAUUUGCUUUUAUAGAAUAUAUUUGUUACCAAUGAGUAAUACACAUUUGCUCUCCCACUCAACUGUGAUCAGUGAUGUAGGGUUACUCUUUCUAUCAGGGUUGUGGGUUUGAGCCCCAUGUUGGGCAAAAGAUUCCUGCAUUGCAGAGGGUUGGACUAGAUGACCCUUGGGGUCCCUUUCCAAUUCUACAUGUGUAACAGGAUGAGGGGUGAGAAAACUGCAGUGAUUCUUUUGUUACUCCAAAACAUAAUAAACUUUUGUUGAAAUCUACAA